GAAUCAACAAGAAGAAAAAGAAAGACAAAUCCCAGAUUGAUCAUUCCAAUAAACUCUCUCUCUCUCUCUCUCUCACACACACACAUACACACACACAGAGUUGAGUUACAUAGAGAGAUGUAUAGAUUAAGUAACACAGUGAUAGGUUUCUUGAAUCUUUUCACUCUCUUAGCCUCAAUCCCAAUCAUUGGGGCUGGUUUAUGGAUGGCAAGAAGUAGUACAACCUGCGAAAGUUUCCUUCAGACACCACUUCUGAUUUUGGGAUUCAUAAUUCUCAUAGUAUCGCUUGCUGGAUUCAUCGGUGCUUGUUUUCAUGUUGCAUGGGCACUUUGGGUUUAUCUGGUUAUCAUGUUGUUACUUAUAGGGACUUUGCUGGCCUUGACUGUGUUUGGAUUCGUGGUUACGAGCCGGGGUGGCGGCUCCGUGGUGGCCGGUAGGGUUUACAGUGAGUUCCAUCUUGAUAAUUAUUCUUCAUGGUUGAGGAAAAGGAUUAAGGAUCCUCAUUAUUGGAUGACCGUUAAAAGUUGUAUUUUGGGUUCAAAGGCUUGUGCUAAGGUUGUUUUGUGGACCCCUUCUGAUUAUCUGUCCAAAGACUUGUCUCCUGUUCAGUCAGGUUGCUGCAAGCCCCCAACUUCAUGCAACUAUGCAUCAACAAUGGUGGAUCAAGAGUCUGACUGCUAUCGCUGGAACAACGAUCCCAACAUUCUGUGCUACGAGUGCGAUUCGUGCAAGGCAGGAGUUCUCGAAGAUGUAAGAAGAAAUUGGCACAAAAUUUCAGUCCUUAACAUUGUUAUGCUACUCGUCCUCAUUGGAAUCUAUUGCAUUGGCUGCUGCGCUUUCCAAAAUGCGAAAAGGGCUGAAUCUGAUUACCCGUACGGUGAAAACCGGAUGUAUAAAUCUCGUCCCAGAUGGGAUUACCAUUGGAGGAGAUGGAUGUACGACAGGAGACACCAGCUUUAUUAAGCUCUUUCGCUUUCUAGUUUUCAAAUGCUCUUCUCGACUGUAAAAAGAUGGGACAAUAUGCAGUGUUUCUCCAUAUGUAUUCACAUGGAUGUUUCAAAUACCCUCUUUAAAUUGAUGCUUUUUGUACAAAGAAAGAUUUUACUUUA